AUGCCGGGGCCAAGAAUUUCCAGUAGAACUUCACUUCCAUCCGAAAAAUACUUCGCCACAGAGAAAAUCAAAUACCCAUACACGAGGAUGAGGAAUAUAUUUCCGACGAUAGUGUUGCUACAGGGCAUAAAACCAUAUGGUUCUUCACAGGUUUCCGAUGGAACCAAGCCGUUAAGAAGCAGAAAUAGCG